CAUUGUAACCAUACAAGAGCCACCCCAGAUUGGAAUGUCAUCUACCCAACACAUAAGUACACCUACAAGAGUAAUUCACAUGCAGUCACUCUCAUUCACAAAUGCAUUAACACCAAUAACUGGCACCAACUCUAUUUCACUUUAGCAGAUGUAGUGGUCAUUGAACACAACAGUGCAUUCAGAAAAAUCAACAUAUUCAACAUAUAUGAUGAUUGUAAGAUAUGCAAAGUUAUUUCUCUACUAACUACCUAUCUAGACAAUUAA